UCUCUCAUCAUUAUUCUCUUCACCAAACAGGUCCUUCUCUCUCUAAAAUGUUUCCCCCUUUAUCUCUCCACAAAGCAACAGGUAAAGAAAAAAUAAAAAGAAAAAGAAAAUAUUAACUCCGCCAUGAAUGCUUCUUUGCUUCCUCCACACCCAUCUUUUUCUCUCUUUUUCUCAUCCAAUUAGCCCAUACUCACUUGCCAAGUAAAGAAGCGAGAAAAUCGCAUUAUAGGACUCUACUGGGUAUGAAUGAUAUUUUCCUUGCGGAGCACACCUGUUUCUUUCUUUCCCAUUUUCAAUCACACUGGCUUGUUCUGUUUCUAUUUUCUAUUUAACCAAACGGAACUCACACUCGCCAACCCAUUUCUGAGGCCGAAAUGUCUAAGACCCCAUCUCAGCAGGACCAUGAAAUCCUGCCCUUUUUUGAUGUUUUCAAGAAGUUCAAGCGGUUUAGGCUGUUAGAGCCUUCGGUGGGUGUUCUUGGAUUCUUCUUUGUUACUGUUUCUGUGAUCUGCUGCUUCUUUUACUUGGAUUAUAGGGCUGCUGCUAAAGGGUUUCUGUUUUCUAGCCAAUCGGAGAGGUUUAUGUGGUUUCGUUUUGGUGGGUCGAGUGAGGAUCGGAGGGUUGAUUUUCUGGCAGAGCAGGGUGAUGGGUGUGAUGUGUUUAAUGGAGGUUGGGUGUGGGACGAAGCGUAUCCGUUGUACCAAUCCAAAGAUUGUAGCUUUAUGGAUGAUGGGUUUCGGUGUUCUGAAAAUGGGCGUCCUGAUAUGUUCUAUACUAAAUGGCGUUGGCAGCCCAAGGAUUGCAACUUGCCCAGAUUUAAUGCAACUCUGAUGUUGGAGAGACUGCGGAACAAACGGCUAGCAUUUGUAGGUGACUCCAUUGGAAGAAACCAAUGGGAGUCCCUCCUCUGCAUGCUUUCUUCUGCAAUUCCAAAUAAGACUUCAAUCUACGAAGUGAAUGGCAGUCCAAUUACCAAGCACAAGGGGUUCUUGGUGUUCAAGUUUAAGGAUUUUAACUGCACUGUGGAGUACUAUAGGGCUCCCUUUCUUGUACUGCAGAGCCGACCUCCUGCUGGAGCUUCAAAAAUGAUAAGGACCACCCUGAAAUUGGAUCAAAUGGAUUGGAGCUCCAUGAAGUGGAGAGAUGCGGAUGUGCUGGUGUUCAACACGGGUCACUGGUGGAAUUAUGAGAAGACCAUAAGAGGGGGAUGUUACUUCCAAGAAGGCAAAGAGGUGAAGAUGGACAUGAGAGUAGAAGAUGCAUAUCACAGGUCCAUAGAGACAGUGGUGGACUACAUACACACUAAAUUAAAUACAAACAAGACCCAGGUCUUUUUUCGUACAUUCGCCCCUGUACAUUUCAGAGGUGGGAAUUGGAAAACUGGUGGAACCUGUCACUUGGAGACACUCCCAGAGCUCGGUUCCUCACUGGUGCCAUCCGAAACUUGGUCUCAAUUAAAGACAGUCGUGGAUGUGUUAUCAGCUCGUACAAACAGAUCAGAGGUAUUGAAAUUAGACCUAUUAAACGUAACCGACAUGUCUUCACGAAGGAAAGAUGGACAUUCAUCUAGAUACUAUCUGCCAGACCCUGCACCUCUCCACCGGCAAGACUGCAGCCACUGGUGUCUGCCCGGAGUCCCUGAUGCAUGGAAUGAACUACUCUAUGCACUCUUCCUCAAGCAUGCCCCAUCAAAUUCAUCAUCCCAUGAUUGGUGAAGAAAUACUCUUUUUUUUUCUUUUAUUUAUAUGCUGGCAUUGAAAGGAUGCAAUUGCUUCAGAACAACUCAAUUUUUUCCACAAAGAAGAAAGCAGAGAUCUCAGAGAAAAGGAUUCUGCCAGAGAGUUGUGCUGUAGCAAUCAGGCAACCAGAAUUUCAUCCAGAUGUCAAGACUGUUAAUAGUGAAGGAACCCAGACUUAGGAGGCAAUUAGGAUGGCAGGAAUUCAGUGAAUAAAACUGCAGAAAAAAAAAAAACACACACACACACACGUGGAUACUUUAUUGUGAUUAUUAUUAUUAUUAUUAUUUUUGGGAAAUAAUCAUGUUGUCAGCCAUUAAAGGCUGAAGGGGUGGUUGGAUGCAAGACCACUGACUUCACCAUUGAACUGUAUGACAUCUUCAGUUAUCUCGUGUAAUUAGCAAAUUUUUUCUGUUUGUAA